GGUUGCUAGAGGGCAGCUGGUAUUUGCUGAUCUCCAGGAAGAGAGCACAGGCAGGCAGGAGCAUGUGGCGCCCACCGGCCCUGCUCCUUCUUAUCCUCCCAGGGUGUUUCUCCAUCUAUGGUCCUGGCACUGUGUGGGGCACGGAACGGGACUCACUGGCAGUGCAGUGUCAUUAUGACCAAGGCUGGGAAACCUACAACAAGUGGUGGUGCCGUGGGAGUGGCUGGAAGUCCUGCGCGAUCCUCGUUAUAACGUCGGGAUCAGAGCGCGCAGUGGAGAGAGGUCGAGUGUCCAUCAGGGACGAUCAGAGAAACCGUGUGUUCACCGUAACCAUGAAGACACUCCGGAGGUCAGACACUGACACCUACUGGUGUGGCAUCGAGAGGGCGGGCACUGACCUUGGGGUCCAAGUUGAAGUGACCGUUUACCCAGCCGAAGUGACCGUUUACCCAGAACCUACGACCAUAGUCACAACUGUACCUGGGACAGCAGACACAGCAUCACCUGGGGCAACAGUCACAGCUGUACCUAGGAAAGCAGAAACAACUGUGCCUGGGAAAAGGCACACAGCUGCACCUGGGACAAUGGACGCCGCUGUACCUAGGCAAGAGGAAACAGCUGUGCCUGGGAGUGGGAACACAGCUGUGCCUGAAACCAUGGACACAGCUUCCCCUGGAAAAAUGGACACAGCUGUACCUAGGAAAGUGAAAACGGCUGUGCCCGGGACAGCAGACACAGCUUCACCUGGGACAAGAGACACAGCAGAACGUAAGAGAACCCCCACUCCAAUAGUUCUGACCUCCUGGGCUUCGCUCAGCCGGAACACCAGCAGCAGCCAGCCCACAGCUCUUACCAGCCCCCUCGCCAGGAUCCUGCUCUGCAACAUCCACUUCCUGCUCCCGACCUCCCUGAAGGGGCUGCUGCUCGUGGGCCUGCUCUGCACUGUGCUGCGAGUGAGCAGUGCUAAGGGGGCCUCCAGGGGGAAAUAAAGUCACCACCUGAGCCGAAGAACCACAGCUCCCACAUCAUCGACACCCUCGGAGAGGACAGCAGAACCUCCUGGCCUCCUAUCAGGUAAUGAGCAGUAAUUGCAAUUCCCCAGGAGACAAGGGUCCCUGCAGAGAUGAAGCAUCCCUCAUUCUGGCCUCAGGCAUGUAAUCCCACUCUCUGCCAGCUCUGCUCAGCACAGGGACACUGAUGGGGCUUCUCUGCCUUCUGCCACCUCUGCCUCAGGAGCAGAUAAAAGAAAGGACAUCCCCCUUGCAUGCUGAUUUCUUGAAGAUUCCCACAUCUCACCUGCAUGGAUCCUCCCUCGGGCCUCCGUUCCUUGUUGCCCCGGGAUGACCCUGUCGGAAAAAAUGGACUAUCAUUCAGCUGCAGAUGCCUCAGGGCCCAUCUGGCCUUUGUAUCUCAAGAGGGGCUCAACUCUGUCCUCUUUGUGCCUGUGACACUCUCCGCCCCCACCCAGCUCAGAGCCGGCAUGGCCACCAUCGCCCACUCCUGAUUCAACCUUGGCCCUUUCCACCUCUCGGGCUGUGAAUGCAGGAGUGGGUGCAGGAUGCUCUGCCCUCAUGUUUCACUCCCCCAAUCCACUUGUAAUUAAAUAACAACACAUCUCUUUCUCAUUUUCAAAGGUAUAUAUGUUUCCUCUCAAUAAAGUUGUUAUGAUUAUUAUUC